CACACCAAAGACAGUGUCUCUGCUGUGACUGUGUAUCACUUCAGAUGCUCAGACAGAAUUAAAAAUGCGCUCCUCCGCCCUGUCACCAGCGUGCUGUGCGCAUUUCUCCUUGACGAGCGCGCCUUCCCACAGCAUGGUGCUCGGACUCAGAGGCUCGGCACUGUCUUCAUGCAUUACCGUGUAGAAAGAAAAGAGAGGGAAAAAAAAGAAAGAAAAGAAAGAAAACUCUCUCGGACGCCUAAUUAAGACAAAGCAAGACCACACGCGGCGGCGCGCAGCACCUGUUCCCAACCCCUUCACCGCAGAGAAGAUGCAGGAGGCCACCCAGCGAGGCUCUCAGCGGGCCUUCAGCGUCCUGGAUCGUCUGCUGAUCACACACCCUGUGUGGCUGCAGCUGUCACUCAACCAAGACUCCGCCCUCUACAUCCUGCUCAGAGAGCCCAUUGGGACUUUCUUGGUGCGGAAAUGCAGCUCCAGCCAGAGGAAGGUGCUGUGUUUCAGAGCGACGGCGGACAAAAGUGCCUCCUCUGUUAAGGAGUGCUUCAUCUGUGAAGAGGACUCCACGUUCGCCUUGGAGAGCUCAGCACUCAGCUUCCCCGACCUGUGUCGACUGGUGGCCUUCUACUGUAUCAGCAGAGAUGUGCUGCCCUUUCCGCUGCAGCUUCCAGAGGCCAUCGCCAGAGCCACAACACACAGGCAGCUGGAGGCCAUCUCACACAUGGGACAAGACUUCUGGAGUGCGCCGAGUGCCUCAGAGAUCCAGAACGGGCCAAUGGUUGCAUCAACCAGCGACAGCAAGGUCCAGACAUCCUUCAGCCCGGACCAGUUUGCCCUGCUGACCCGCAGCGGACAAGGCAAACUCUGCUUCAUCAACCCGCUCUUCCUACAGCUGGAGGUUUGCAAGCAGCCACAACUCGUAAACCACAGUGCCUCCAAUAAGCGGCACCGCUUCAAGCGCAGCAUGCGGCUCCGGCUCUCGGAGUCCUCCAUGAAUCUAUCCCUGGAGGGGAUCGGCUCCUACUCACCGUCCUCUUCGGGGGAGCAGACCGGCGGGUCGGAGAGGCUGCAGAAGGCUGGAGCCAACCCGCAGAGGAGAGUUCACGCCGGGGCAGGGGUCCUGAGGAGAACCCCCGCUGUGUCACCGGGCUCUGCAGAGGAAGAGGACAUGAUGUCCGUCUAUGUGCCACAAACAUCUGCAAAGGCGGAGGAGCCCCCACAGCCCCAGCAGACCGCCCAGGCAGGGGAUCCAGGCAUCGAGGUGGCAGUCCUGGCCCUGGAGCGCCGGCCGGCUCCGUCCCUGGCCGAGCUCGACAGCAGCAGCUCCUUCAGCAGCAUGGACGAGGACAAUGACUCAGAUUCCGAUCCAGAAAGCAUGGCCCAGUCCAAAACCUACAUACCGCGCCCGCCGCUUGUGCGCUCCCGAGGCCGCGGCGGGCUGCACCGCAUGAGCGAGGCGUUCGUGUGCUUCUUCGCGCCGGACAAGAGGCUGACGCGGCUGGUGGAGGAGCUGUCCAGAGACCGGCGCUCCACGUUUGGGGGAAUGGUUCAGGACUUCCUCCUGGAACAGAGAGAGGCGCUCAAAUCCCUGGCUUCCUCCUCUUCGUCCUCUUCCUCAUCACGGGUGACCUCUGUGCAGCUCCUGCAGGGUCUGCGUCUGUUUUUGUCCCAGGCGAAGUGCUGCCUGCUGGACAGUGGAGAGCUAGAGCCUCCGAUUGAAACGCUGGUGCCUGAAAAUGAGAAAGCCCUGGCACUGGAGCGAGCCAUGUUCUCCUGCGUGCUCCGGCCUCUGAGGUCCCAGCUUGACAAAGCGCUGGUCGAGCUGCACAGUCAGGACGGCAGCAGCCAGCGCCUCACCCAGAACCUGCUCCACCUGAAGGGGGACGCCGCCAUGGAGCGCCUGGGCGUGCGGACGGGGGUUCCCGACAGCCGCGAGGUGGAGAGGGUGAAGCAGAAGCUGAUCCUGAUGCAGAGGACGCACUCGCCCAUCGACAAGGUGCUGCUGCUGCUGCAAGUGUGCAAGUGCGUCCAGAAGGCCAUGGGCUCCUUAUAUGGACAGGAAGUGAGCUGGGACGACUUCCUGCCGUCGCUGUCUUACGUCAUCGUGGAGUGUAACAGGCCUCACAUCCUGAUCGAGGUGGAGUACAUGAUGGAGCUGCUGGAGCCGUCCUGGCUCGGAGGAGAGGGUGGCUACUACCUGACCAGUGUGUACGCCAGCCUGUGUCUGAUCCAGAGCCUGGACAAGGAGAAGUCCAUGUCGGGCUGCCUGAUGCCGGAGGCCCAGGAAGCGUUGAAGGAGUGGAGCUGCAGGCGGAGCCGAGAGGCCCAGAGACAGAAGGAGAGCAUGCAGAGCCAGAGGUGCGUUCGGAUACUGUUCCAGGACGGGGAGCGGAGCGCUGUGCGGACGUUGCAGUGGAGAGCCGGGGAGACCAGCGAGGCCCUGGCGCAGCUGUGCGCCUCCACCUUCGGAGUGUCCGACCCGCAGCAAUACACCUUGUACUGGCGCAGCGGCGGCGAGAUGAGGGCCCUGCCGCCCCAGGCCCAGCCCCAGGACCUGGCCAGCCACAGUGAGGGAGGCCCCUCGCUCUCCUACCUGAGGACCGACCACGACUUCAGCAAGAUGCGGCGGCUCACCAGAGGUGGCGCCGUGGACCUGAGCGAGUCGGUGUGUGAGGAGUGAGUGGGAGGCAUGGAGGAAAAGGAGGGAGGAGGGAGGAGGAAGAGGAGGAGGAGGAGGGAGGAGGAGGAGAUGGAUGGUUGCUCUCGCUUUCUCUUUCUCUCUCUUGUUCUGUCUCUUUCUCUCCGGCGGUGUGUUGUGUCUCGUCGUGGGUCAGGACUUGUUGUGACAAACUUCAGCCCUUCUCCAGACUAGGAGCAGACCUUAAGCGGUAAACUCUUCCCUGAACGGACCAACAUGCAGAGCAGAGCAGGACCAACAUAGGGACUGCUGCCAAAAAGUUGUACUAUGUACCACUCAGUGUGGCUGCUGGUGUAAAGGGGUGUACUUAUUUUGUGACAUGGAAAAAUGUGUAAUUAAUGGAUUUGGUUGUUAUUUGAAACCUGAGCCCAGAGUUAUGCCAUGAGGGGAUUACAUCACUCAAACGUGAGGAGGCUCAAAUCCAAAGACAAAUUCUGUGAGACUACUGUUGCCUGGAAACAAAAUCACUUCCUGUACGCACACAAGAAGGCAAAUUGUCCGCCGUGCUGAUGUAACCCUUUCACAGUAUAGUUCUGGGCUCAAUCUAAAAAAGACACUUGGAUGUUUUAUUGCUUCACUUUUAUGUGUAAAAGUCUGCAGAUCUUCGGACGGAGCCGUUGUUUUUGAAGGGUCUGGGGAACCUUUUCUGUGGCCCCGCCCCCCCUUUGGAAUACAGUUUGAAAAAAAAAACAAAACAAAAAAAAGGUGAGAUGUGUUAUAGCCAAGACCAAACCUCAAUACCAAAGUGACAAAAAAAGAACAGAUAACGAGAGGCCAUUUUGUGUUUACUUUGAAAGAGAAUCAGGUUUACAAGCUCGAGAGAGGCUUUCAAUUUAUUUUUAGAAUCACCCACAGAGACAAUUUUAUUUUUUGCUUUUGUGCGGAAAAAAAAAGCACAGACUCUCCUCCCUGCUCGCGUAUUCUAUUAAGUGUUUUUUGGCAGGUGGAGUAAUGAGCGAGUAGGAGGGAAGUGAUAGAAAAGCAUCAGCUCUCUGUUUUUAAAACCGCGUGAGAAAAGAAAAAAAAAGAGAAAGAAAGACAAAAACAACAUCACAUCGACGCACCAAGACGACCUGCAACAGAUUUACUGAAUGACUUGCGAAUGUAUUAAAAAUCUUUUUCUUUUUUCUUUUUUUUCUUUUUUUUUGCCGUGUCAGACUUUAAUCCCAUCACAACCCCUCACCGCUUUUCAGUUCAGCUGCUUCUCUUGGCCGCACUGUACUGACAACACUGCGUUUUACGACCUGGACCGAGGGGACAGUCGCAAACCAACAAACCAGGACCUCGCGGUGACUGGUCGAAUGUAAAUGUACAAAGGUCACCAGCUUUCGGGUGACUCCUGCUGCAAGUCAUCACCACCAACUGACUGUUCAAACUCAGUGUCAUUACCAGUUAUCAUGUUGUGUAUUUAAAA